AUGGUUCCUAUGGGGCGUACGCAGGAAGUGGAAAAGUUUGUUCCCCCAACUUUUAGAACAAAGAGAAACUCCUUUGGAGUGUUCACGGAGGAACACAAGGAAUUGGUCAAAGAAAGAGAGAAAUGGAUGAAAGAAACUGCAACUUCAUGCAUAUUUGUGGCAUCCCUAACAGCAACGGUAGGAUUUGCAGCAUCCAUCACUGUCCCAGGUGGAAACAAUCAAAACAGUGGUUUUCCACUCUUCUCCGACGAAGCAGCCUUCACGGUUUUUGCUGUUUCGAUUGCAUGCGGUCUGUUCUCCUUUAUUAUCUCUGUGGUAAUGUUUUUGUCUAUCCUCACCUCUGGAUAUGCAGAAGACGAUUUUCUUCAACGACUUCCGAAAACAUUAACUACAGGCCUCAAUAUGUUACUCUAUUCACUGAUAUCUCUGAUUGUAGCAUUUGGUGCUACGAUUUACCUUCUUUUUGAUCUGAACACGAUAUGGAUACUCGGUCUAGUUGGCACAGAAACCCUCCUGACAUUGAACUUGAUCCUUUACACCUUGCAAAUUCCAUUCUGGCGGAUUAUGUCCUCCAGUGGUCCAAGCAUUUUCCGGAAGCAGGGCUCGCGUUUACUUUUCUACCACGCAUAG